AUGCAGGUGACAUUCUGCAGACUUCGGACUCACCAGUGGUGUUUUAUUCUAUUUAAUGUUAUCCUAUUUCAUGCCUUGCUUUUUGGAGCUGAUUUUGUGGAAGAAUACUUUCUGCAUGCUUUGCCAUAUGUAGAUAUGAAAGUUCUUGAAAUUAAGGAGAAGGCAAGAAAAUUGAACAUGGAGCCCCUAAGAAGUAAUCUUUCCAGGUAUUAUGUCCUGAGCCAGUCAGCGCUGUGUAGAGGGAAGAAUAUAUUUUUACUCUCUCUUAUCUUCAGUAGCCCAGGAAAUGUAACAAGGCGGGAUCUCAUCAGGAAAACCUGGGGUAAUGUGACCAGUGUCCAAGGACACCACAUUCUCACAGUGUUUGCUUUGGGAAUGCCCAUUUUGGUAACUACCCAGCAAGAAAUAGACAAAGAGUCCCAUAAGAACAAUGAUAUAAUUCAAGGAAUCUUCUUGGACAGUGCUGAGAACCAAACCCUGAAGAUCAUCACGAUGACACAGUGGGCUGUGACUUUCUGCCCCAAUGCCCUGUUCAUUCUUAAGGUUGAUGAAGAGAUGUUUGUCAAUGUACCAAGUUUGGUAGACUAUCUUCUCAAUCUGAAAGAACACCUGGAGGAUAUCUAUGUAGGAAGAGUUAUCCAUCAAGAUACACCCAACAGGGAUCCUAAUAGUCAAGAAUUUGUCCCUUUUAGUGAGUACCCAGAAAAGUACUACCCCGAUUACUGUAGUGGCGAGGCCUUUAUUAUGUCCCAAGAUGUGGCUCGGAUGAUGUAUGUGGUUUUCAAAGAAGUACCCAUUAUGGUUCCUGCUGAUGUGUUUGUAGGAAUUUGUGCAAAGUCUAUUGGUCUUAUACCCAUCCACAGUUCAAGAUUUUCUGGGAAAAGGCACAUCAGAUACAACAGAUGUUGCUAUAAGUUCAUUUUUACAUCCUCAGAACCUACAGAUGUUGAAAUGCCCCUGGCAUGGAAGGAAAUUAGCAGUGGGAAAGAAUGUACCUUGUUUGAGACUUACUACGGGCUCAUUUCCUGCAAACUUCUGACAUACUUUGACACCCUUAAACGUUUUCACAUGGGUACCAUAAAAAACAAUGGCAUGUAUUUGGGUGAUUAG